AGCGCUCCUUUUGCAAAGGAGGAUGUCUGGGAAUGCUCACAUUAGCAGUUUUAGGAUUAAUCCUAUGGAUUUUUUUUCUCCUGCGGAGGAUUAAUAUCAAUACAGCAUCAAUGCCCGAGAAAGGAGAGGAAAUGUCAUCAGGCAGCGGUCCUCCUGCACUACUGGAGGAUGUGCCUGUUGCACACUCCCCUCAUCCAGACAAACUGUGUGUGUCAACACACCAGGAGAAUAACAAUCUCCAGGCUCCCGGUUCAUCGUUAGGACCUCAUGUGAAUGAGCCUAUCAUCACCCCAAAAACUUCAAGAACCAAAGCGCCAAUGCUUAGAUCCGGGCCCGAGGCGAGGGAGCGCCUCAAGUUUAUUCUGGGAGCAUCGGAGGAUAAUUCUUCAGACGACGAGCCGUUGGUAGCCAAACCACCGAGUGGAGCGUUUCAGCCAUCGAACUGCACCGCCAAAUCUUCUCGUCAUCAGGCAUCCUCUGAAGAUCCACAGUCCAGUUCCUCAGGCAUGAAGCCCAGCAUGUCUGGUCUACACUUGGUGAAAAAGGGACGUGAACACAGAAAGAUGGAUCUACAGCGGGACUUUACUGUCGCCUCGCCUGCUGAGUUUGUCACUCGCUUUGGUGGCAACCGUGUCAUUGAAAAAGUGUUGAUCGCCAACAAUGGCAUUGCUGCAGUCAAAUGCAUGCGCUCAAUUCGUCGUUGGUCCUACGAGAUGUUUCGCAAUGAGCGGACAAUUCGCUUUGUGGUCAUGGUCACCCCUGAAGACUUGAAAGCUAAUGCAGAAUACAUCAAAAUGGCAGACCAUUAUGUUCCUGUUCCUGGUGGGGCAAACAAUAACAAUUACGCAAACGUUGAGUUGAUAGUGGACAUCGCAAAAAGAAUCCCUGUGCAGGCAGUGUGGGCGGGCUGGGGUCACGCCUCAGAAAAUCCCAAACUGCCCGAGUUGCUGAGUAAAGCAGGCAUUUCAUUCUUAGGGCCAUCCAGCAAAGCUAUGUGGGCUCUUGGCGAUAAGGUGGCUUCUUCCAUUGUGGCCCAGAGUGCAGACAUUCCCACACUACCAUGGAGCGGAUCAGGUUUAAGAGUAGACUGGGCAGAGGAUGACCAAAUACCUGGCAACAUAAUCAGUGUUCCUCAAGAAGUCUACAGACAAGGCUGUGUUCUUGACAUAGACAAGGGUUUGGCGGGAGCAAAUGAAAUUGGUUAUCCAGUUGUCAUUAAGGCCUCAGAGGGUGGAGGGGGAAAAGGUAUCAGGAAAGUAGAAUGUGCUGAUGACUUUCCAAGCUCCUUUCGGCAGGUUCAGACAGAAGUACCCGGCUCGCCUAUUUUCAUCAUGCAGCUGGCCCAGCAUGCAAGGCACCUUGAGGUUCAGAUACUGGCUGAUGAAUAUGGGAACGCCAUCUCUCUGUUUGGCAGAGAUUGCUCCAUCCAAAGGAGGCACCAGAAGAUCAUAGAGGAAGCUCCUGCAACCAUAGCUGCACUAUCGACAUUUGAGCAGAUGGAGCAGUAUGCCGUAAGACUAGCAAAGAUGGUGGGCUAUGUCAGUGCUGGGACUGUGGAAUAUCUUUUCUCCGAGGAUGGAAGCUUCCAUUUUUUGGAGCUGAACCCUCGUCUGCAGGUGGAACACCCUUGUACAGAAAUGAUCGGAGAUGUAAACCUUCCAGCUGCCCAGCUUCAGAUUGCUAUGGGGAUCCCCCUUCACAGGAUUAAAGACAUCCGUAUGCUCUAUGGAGAUACUCCAUGGGGUGACACCAUUAUUAACUUUGAGACUCCAGAAUGCCCGCCAAGUCCAAGAGGCCACGUCAUAGCAGCCAGAAUCACCAGUGAAAACCCUGACGAGGGCUUCAAACCCAGCUCAGGCACCGUGCAGGAGCUGAACUUCCGCAGUAGUAAAAAUGUCUGGGGUUACUUCAGUGUCGGAGCAACUGGCGGUCUGCAUGAAUUUGCUGAUUCACAGUUUGGUCACUGUUUUUCCUGGGGCGAGAACCGAGAAGAAGCAAUUUCGAACAUGGUGGUAGCUAUGAAGGAGUUGUCAAUCAGAGGUGACUUCAGGACCACAGUUGAAUACCUCAUUAAGCUGCUAGAAACAGAGAGCUUUCGAAACAACGACAUUGACACUGGCUGGCUGGAUCACCUCAUUUCGGAGAAAGUGCAGGCGGAGAGACCAGACACCAUGUUAGGGAUUGUUUGUGGGGCUUUGCAUGUUGCUGAUGCAAGCUUCAGGAAGAGCAUGUCUGAUUUUCUGCAUUCUCUGGAAAGAGGCCAGGUUCUGCCUGCAGCCAGUCUUCUUAAUUCUGUCAAUGUGGAGCUCAUCUAUGAAGGAGUCAAAUUCUGCUUGAAGGUUGCUCGACAGUCCCCAACAACAUAUGUCAUUAUAAUGAACGGCUCCAACAUUGAAAUCGAUGUCCAUAGGUUGAGUGAUGGUGGACUUCUGCUCUCCUACGAUGGAAGCAGUCACACCACCUACAUGAAGGAAGAGGUGGAUAGCUACCGCAUCACUGUUGGCAACAAGACCUGUGUGUUUGAGAAAGAAAAGGAUCCCACAGUGUUAAGAUCUCCCUCUGCUGGUAAACUCCUGCAGUACAUUGUUGACGAUGGCGCUCACAUAUGCGCUGGAGAGACCUACGCAGAGAUUGAGGUGAUGAAGAUGGUGAUGACGCUGACUGUGCAGCAGUCAGGCCAUGUACAUUUUGUCAAAAGGCCCGGUGCGGUUCUUCAGUCAGGCUGUGUGAUGGCACAUAUGGAUCUGGAUGACCCAAGCAGCAUACAUAGGGUGGAGCUCAAUAUGGCCACUCUGCCACCACAACAACCAUUGCCAAUUGUUGGAGAAAAGCUUCACCAGGUGUUCCACAAUGUCCUUGAAAACCUAGUUAAAGUAAUGGAUGGCUACUGCCUUGAAGAACCAUACUUUAGCACAAAGCUGAAACAGUGGGUAGCAACACUCAUGAAGACUCUGAGAGAUCCCUCUCUGCCACUGCUCGAGCUGCAGGAGAUCAUGACGAGUGUAGCGGGCCGUAUCCCACCUGGUGUUGAGAAAGAUAUCCGUAAAGUCAUGGCCCAGUAUGCCAGCAACAUCACCUCUGUCCUGUGCCAGUUCCCAAGCCAAAGGAUUGCAAAUAUUCUCGACAGCCAUGCAGCAACUUUGCAGAGGAAGGCCGAUCGGGAAGUGUUCUUUAUUAACACUCAAAGUGUAGUUCAGCUUGUACAGAGGUAUCGUAGUGGAAUACGUGGUUACAUGAAGUUUGUCGUUCUGGAUCUAUUGAAGCGAUACCUGCAAGUAGAGAUGCAGUUUCAGCAAGCUCAUUACGACAAGUGCGUAAUCAACCUGAGAGAGCAGUACAAGCCUAACAUGAGUCCUGUGUUGGAAUACAUUUUCUCUCAUGCUCAAGUCUUCAAGAAGAACAUCCUGGUCACAAUGCUUAUCGAUCAGUUAUGUGGAAGGGAUCCGACCCUUGCAGAUGAGCUCAUGGCCAUUCUCAAUGAACUUACUCAACUCAGCAAGAUGGAGAACUCAAAGGUCGCCUUAAGGGCCAGACAGGUGCUGAUUGCCUCACAUUUACCGUCAUAUGAACUGAGACACAAUCAGGUGGAGUCCAUCUUCCUGUCAGCCAUUGACAUGUACGGCCAUCAGUUUUGCCCUGAAAACCUAAAAAAACUUAUCCUGUCUGAGACCUCCAUUUUUGAUGUGUUGCCCAAUUUCUUCUAUCACGCCAAUCAAGUUGUCUGCAUGGCUGCUCUUGAGGUGUACGUGCGUAGAGCUUACAUCGCCUAUGAGCUCAACAGUGUACAGCAUCACCAGCUGCAGGACGGAACGUGUGCUGUAGAUUUUCAGUUUAUGCUGCCUUCAUCUCAUCCCAACAGAGGGAGCAGCCCUACUCUGAACAGGGUCCCGGUUCCAGUAAAUGCUUCAGGCCUGUUGAAAAUGCGGCGGCAGAGCAGUGAACUCUUCCUAGAUGGAGGUCUGUCUCCACCUUGUCAACGUAUGGGCGCCAUGGUAGCAUUCGAGUGUUUUGAUGACUUCACAAGGAACUUUGAUGAAGUUCUGUGCAGCUUUGCAGAGCCUCUUCUCGAGAACGAGUCAUUUUUAGAGUCCUGUUCCAGUUUUUAUGAAGAUGAGAACUACAAGAACACUAGCGAAAAUCCAAUCCACAUCAUUAAUGUAUCAAUAAAAUCAGCAGACACUGAGGAUGAUGAUGUAUUAGUUGCUGCCUUCACUUCCUUCACUCAGUCAAAGAGAACAUCUCUUUUUGAAUACGGAAUCAGAAGAAUUACGUUUUUGGUUGCACAGAAGAGGGAGUUUCCGAAGUUCUUCACUUUCAGAGCUCGAGAUGGGUUCCAGGAAGAUCGUAUCUACCGUAAUCUGGAGCCAGCUUUAGCCUUCCAGCUCGAACUCAACCGCAUGAGGAACUUUGACCUGAAUGCUGUUCCUUGUGCUAACCACAAAAUGCACCUCUACCUGGGAGCUGCUCGUGUUCAGGAAGGUGCUGAAGUUACCGAUUACAGAUUCUUCAUCCGAGCUAUAAUCCGCCAUUCUGAUCUGAUAACAAAGGAAGCAUCAUUUGAAUAUCUUCAAAAUGAGGGCGAACGUCUUCUGCUGGAGGCUAUGGAUGAGUUGGAGGUGGCCUUCAGUAACACCACUGUGCGCACAGACUGCAACCACAUCUUCCUCAACUUUGUCCCAACUGUCAUUAUGGACCCGUCUAAAAUUGAGGAAUCUGUCCGCUCCAUGGUGAUGCGCUAUGGAAGCCGUCUUUGGAAGCUGCGGGUCCUACAAGCUGAACUGAAAAUCAACAUCCGCCUCACUACCACAGGGAACGCCAUUCCUAUUCGUCUUUUUCUGACCAAUGAGUCCGGCUAUUACUUGGAUAUCAGUCUGUAUAAGGAAGUUACUGACCCAAUUUCUGGACAGAUCAUGUUCCAGUCAUAUGGAGACAAACAGGGUCCGAUGCAAGGGAUGUUGAUUAACACGCCAUAUGUUACCAAAGAUUUGUUGCAAGCCAAGCGUUUCCAGGCUCAAACUCUGGGCACAACAUAUGUCUAUGACUUCCCAGAGAUGUUCCGACAGGCCCUGUUUAAGCAAUGGGGUGCAGAGGACAAAUAUCCUGAAGAUGUUUUGAUGUGCACCGAGUUGGUUCUGGACCCACAAGGUCGGCUGGUGCAGUUGAACCGCCUGCCUGGAGAAAAUGAUGUGGGAAUAGUUGCUUUUAGGAUGAAGAUGAAGACUCCGGAGUAUCCGGAAGGUCGAGAUAUCAUUGUAAUCUGUAACGACAUCACCCACAUGAUUGGGUCGUUUGGACCUCAAGAAGAUGAGCUGUUCCUCAGAGCUUCGGAGUUGGCUCGAGCUGAGGGCAUCCCUCGCAUUUACAUCGCUGCCAACAGUGGGGCGCGCAUUGGCCUCGCCGAGGAGAUCAGACACAUGUUCCAGGUGGCCUGGAUUGACCCCUCUGACCCCUACAAGGGUUUUAAAUACCUUUACCUGACGCCACAUGACUACACCUGCAUCAGCGCUACCAACUCUGUUCACUGUCACCACGUAGAAGAAGGUGGAGAGUCCAGGUACAUCAUCACUGAUAUCAUUGGGAAAGAUGAAGGUCUUGGGGUGGAGAAUUUGCGAGGAUCAGGCACCAUUGCUGGAGAAUCCUCCCAGGCAUAUGAAGAGAUUAUUACAAUCAGUAUGGUGACGUGCCGCGCUAUUGGAAUAGGGGCUUAUCUGGUGCGUCUGGGCCAGAGGGUGAUACAGGUGGAGAACUCCCACAUUAUCCUGACUGGAGCCAGUGCGCUUAACAAGGUCCUGGGCAGAGAGGUCUACGCAUCCAACAACCAGCUGGGUGGCAUCCAAAUCAUGCACAACAAUGGAAUCACACACAACACAGUGUCAGAUGAUUUUGAGGGCGUCUUCACCAUCUUGGAGUGGCUUUCCUACAUGCCAAAGAACAACCACUCACCUGUGCCAGUUGUACCAAGCACAGAUCCAAUAGAUAGAGAAAUUGAGUUCACUCCUACAAAAGCUCCAUAUGACCCCCGCUGGAUGCUGGCUGGUAGACCCCACCCCUUAGUAAGAGGCGGUUGGCAGAGUGGAUUCUUUGACCAGGGUUCUUUCAUGGAGAUCAUGGCCUCUUGGGCUCAGACUGUGGUAGUGGGCAGAGCACGGUUAGGAGGGAUCCCCCUUGGUGUCAUUGCAGUGGAAACACGAACCGUUGAGUUAACCGUACCAGCUGAUCCAGCCAACUUGGAUUCAGAGUCAAAAGUUCUGCAGCAGGCUGGUCAAGUGUGGUUUCCAGAUUCAGCCUUUAAAACAGCUCAGGCAAUUUGUGACUUCAACCGCGAGCGUCUGCCUCUCAUGCUGUUUGCCAACUGGAGGGGCUUCUCUGGUGGAAUGAAAGAUAUGUACGACCAGAUAUUAAAGUUUGGGGCUUACAUUGUGGAUGCCCUGCGUGGUUUCCAUCAGCCUGUGUUGGUUUACAUCCCACCAUAUGCUGAGCUGAGAGGAGGGUCCUGGGUAGUCAUUGACCCUACCAUUAAUCCUCUGUGUAUGGAGCUGUAUGCAGACAGAGAGAGCCGAGGCGGUGUGCUGGAAGCUGAGGGCACAGUGGAGAUCAAAUUCAGAAAAAAAGACCUAUUAAAAACCAUGAGGAGACUGGACUCUGUCUAUGCUGGUUUGGUUGAAAAAAUGGCUUCUCUAGAUCUGCCUGAUAAGCAAUACAGAGAGUUGGAGGCAAAGCUCAAAGCAAGGGAAGAGUUCCUAUUGCCCAUCUACCACCAGGUGGCAGUGCAGUUUGUGGAUCUCCAUGACACUCCUGGAAGGAUGCAGGAGAAGGGGGUCAUCACUGACAUUUUGGAUUGGAAGAAUGUACGCACCUUCUUCUACUGGCGUUUGCGCCGUCUCCUGUUGGAGCAAACAGUGAAGUACGAGAUUCUCCAGGCCAACAAGGACCUCAUUGACGGUCACAUGCAGUCCAUGCUGCGGCGCUGGUUUGUUGAAACGGAGGGAACAGUCAAGGCGUACCUAUGGGAUAACAACCAAGCAGUAGUUGAGUGGCUUGAAAGACACUGGUCUAAAGAGGACGGAACUCGAACAGCCAUCCGAGAGAACAUCAAGUACCUAAAAAGGGAAAAUGCCUUGAAACAUAUCCGCAGUCUGGUUGAGGCCAACCCUGACGUCGCCAUGGACUGCAUCAUCCACAUGAGCCAGAGCAUCACUUCAUCCCAGAGGGCCAAGCUCUCGCAUCUGCUUACAACCAUGGACAACAACAACACCAGCUAGACUGUGGAGCUUUUUUCAAGGCUUUGUGCAGGGUUAAAAAAAGAAAGAAACUAAGUUAAGUGCUCUCCCAAAUACACUCGCAACUGUUAAAAGUGUAACCGUGAUGAGCUAUUUUAUGAACGAGUUUGUAGAAAAUAGUGAGAAUCGCUGUUCUCUGAAAUUAUAUGACCGUAUGAUCAUACAACCACUAAAGUUUCAUAUCUGUGCAAGGACGUUACAGGCAGAUCUUGAAGGACCACUAAUAGGAAUUCUGCAUUUGGUUGGCAAACUAUCACUGUAAUGCACAUUGCGCUUGGCGGCAUUUAUACAUGCAUCAUACUUUUAUCAGCACCAGCUUCUCUAUUUCAGGUAGGAAGUCCGACAUUAGCUGGUAACAAUGUACAUGCACAGGCUUGUAUAACUAAGUGCUAACAUUUAGCACGCAUAAAGCAUUAGAUGAAUGUCAGUGGUUGUUAAUCAUGCGAAUCUUUGUGCAGGCAUGUUUGCAAUGUGUUUUCCUCCUGAUAGGGCUAACUCCCUAAGAAGGGACAAUGGACUGGACGGACGCUUCACUGGUGAGCUGUUUAUGUUGAAUGUUCUUUAAUAAAACAACAUAUUUCCCA